AGAACCAGAAAACAUAGAAGCACUCCUAGCUAAAAACACAAAACCAAUACAUUUUUCACCAAAAGCACAGAGUAGAUUGACAAACAGAGUUCUAAGUGUAGAAUUGCAGCGAUGUGUUUAUCCCGAGGUGAUAAUGACUUCUAACAUGGCGACCGGAGGCUUCAUUUUGUCCCCCGGACCCCCUCUGAAGUAUCAGGCUUCAUACACACACCAUCAUCUGAACCCUGGUGAUGACCACCGUCCUGAUCCCCCACCACGCCCAGACGUUCCAGAGGUCAGUUUAGACAGUAACCCAAGCCAGAACAAACCCAAGAGCUAAAAAUACCGACAGGCAACAGUGCGGCUGCUGUGGGACUGAGGCAGGGGGCAUGGGAGGGUCUUCACAUGGGGGUAGACAGGGAUAGACAGCUGGGGGGAAAGAUCCAGAACAGAACACAGAGACAAAACACGACUAAAAACCCCCCCUGAAAUCUCAAAUAUUCCCUUAGGAUUGAGCUCCCCUGCUUGUUACUCUCUUGGAUUGACUCCCUGGUCUCUGGUGGUGAUGAACUUUGCCCUCAGGCCUCCGACAGCAGGCAGACCCGGGCCCGGCGCCGGACGUGGAGCCACCAUGGAGAACCUGGAGAAGCAGCUGAUCUGCCCCGUGUGUCUGGAGAUGUUCUCCAAACCCGUCGUCAUCCUGCCCUGCCAACACAACCUCUGCCGCAAGUGUGCCAACGACGUCUUCCAGUCGUCUAACUCCCUCUGGCAGUCCCGCUCUUCCUCCUCUUCCUCUUUCUCCUCCUCCUCCAUGGUGUCCAGCGGUGCUCGGUUCCGCUGCCCGUCCUGCCGCCACGAGGUUCUGCUGGACCGGCACGGAGUGUACGGUCUGCAAAGGAACCUGCUGGUGGAGAACAUCCUGGACAUCUACAGACAGCAGGAGGCCUGCAGGUCUGUGCCGGUGCCCAUGAAGCCGGAGCAGCAGCAGCAGCAGCAGCAGCUCCUGUGUGAGGAGCACGAGGAGGAGAAGAUCAACAUCUACUGUCUGUCCUGCGAGACCCCCACCUGCUCCAUGUGCAAAGUGUUCGGGAAACACAAAGACUGCGACGUGGCUCCGCUCAGCAGCGUUUACCUGAGGCAGAAGACGGACCUGAGCGACAGCAUCGCCAUGUUAGUGGCCAACAACGACCACAUCCAGGCUCUCCUCUCUGAGCUGGAAGACAUGUGCUGCAGGGUGGAGGAGAACAGUCAGCAUCAGAGGGAGCAUCUGGAUGAGCGUUUUGAGGGACUGGUGGCCCUCCUGGACGAGAGGAAGCAGGAUCUGGUGGGUCUGAUCUCCAAGCAUCAGGACGACAAACUGAAGCACCUCCGCUCUCUGAUUGGUCGACACAGCGAGCAGCUGGAGGCUGCCGUCGCGCUGCUGGAGACCGCCAUCCAGUCCAUGGAGGAGCCGCACAUGUCCCUGUUCAUACAGAGCGCCAAAGUCAUUCUGGAAAAGAUGGCAGUGACGGCCGGAGCCUCUCACAUGGAGCGUCCGGAGAUCGGGUUUGAGAGUCUGAGUCACUUUGUCCUCGAUACAGACGACCUCGCCGAGCUGCUGAGGAACAUCGACUUCUCCCCCGGUGUGGGAGAUGAUGGCGAAGAAGAUCCUGAAGGAGGAGAAGAGUAAAAUCUCUGCUCUAGAUUUUUAGAACAUUUGUUUAAAAAUGAUUUGACAUUCUGUGAGUUUUUGUGGUGUUUGAUUUAGAAAACGUCCGACUCCUCACAUCUGUCCUCAGCGGGGGAGGGGGUAACGCUCAAAGGUUUCAUACAUAGUUUUAUAUGUAGUUACAAACACACGUCUACAAUAUGUAUUUGUUUUUGUUGACAAAUCUACUACUUUGAAUAAAAAACGUCCAAUCCUGAAAAC